AUGGCCAAGGCUGACGCAUCCGACGCCGGUUCCUUUUCCGGCGCCAUGAUCACCUCCGACCGCCUCAACGAGCUUCACAUCAAAGACCACGUACCCGUCAUCCUCGACCUCGACUUGCCGUCCUACAACGCAUGGCGCACCUACUUCGCGCUGCUAUUCCGCUCUUACCAUCUCAUCGAGCAUGUUGACGGGAGCGUCGACUUCCGCGACAUGAAGGACGAUGACGAGUGGCUUGCUGUGGACACCUGCAUCGUCAAGUGGCUCUUCCUCACCAUCUCCGGCGGCCUCUUCAACAUGGUGAACGCCCGCGAUCCGUCCGCGUAUGCUAUGUGGACGCGCCUUUGUGAUCUCUUCCUCGACAAUCAACUCCAGCGCCGCGUUUUUCUUCAAGGGGAGUUCUUCACUAUGCAGCAAAACGAUCUUUCGAUCGAUGAGUACUGCACGCGGCUGAAGGUCCUCGUCGAUGAACUGCGCGACGUCGGCAUGACCAUCGACGACUCCGUCCUCCUCACCAACCUCCUCCGCGGCCUCCACCCCGACCUUGGCCAGUCCGCCGCCAUCCUCUCCCUCGUCACGCCGACGUACGCGAAGGCGGUCACUUAUCUUCGCAUGGAGGAAAAGCGUCUCCGUCACACCGCUCGGCAGGCGACCCACGCCGCCCUCCAUGUCGGUCUCGCCGCCGGCCACGGCGCUCCGCCAACUGUUGGAAAUAUGCCCUAG